UGUAUGGACACAUUUCCUCUGCUGAUAGCUAAUGUCAAAGUCAAAAUUAUUUUGUGGUCGUUUGUCACUGUUGUGAAAACUUUUAUUUUCUAUCUAUUUUAUUAAAAAAACAGAAUACAAAGAAGCUUACGCAUUUUAAGGAUUUUAAUCAGGUUAACGGAGCAUAAAAAUGAUGGAUUGUGUAGAAGAUACCAAUAAUGACCCCCUGUCUGCUGCUGCACCAACUCCAUCACCAGCGACCAUAGAUACUAAAGUAGCAAAGAAGAAGCCAAACGAGACUGUUUCCUUAGUAGACAACAGUUUAUUAGUGGAUAUAUCUGAUGCUCUAAGUGAGAAAGAGAAAGUGAAAUUCACUGUUCACACAAAGACUACACUUCCGGAGUUCCAGAAGUCAGAGUUUGUGGUGGUGAGACAACAUGAAGAGUUUGUGUGGCUUCAUGACAGAUAUGAGGAGAAUGAAGAGUAUGCUGGUUAUAUUAUACCACCAGCUCCCCCUAGACCUGAUUUUGAUGCAUCUCGAGAGAAAUUGCAACGUUUAGGUGAAGGGGAAGGUGCUCUCACCAGAGAAGAAUUCCUUAAGAUGAAAGAGGAGUUGGAAGAUGAAUACUUAGCUACAUUCAAGAAGACUGUAGCAAUGCAUGAGGUGUUCCUCCAGCGUUUGGCGGGCCAUCCCGUAUUUAGGAACGAUUCGCAUCUCCGAGUGUUUUUGGAGUACGAACAGGACUUGUGUGCGAAACCACGCGGGAGAAUGGACCUCUUUGGUGGUUUAAUGCGUUCAAUGACAACGACCACAGAUGAAAUAUACUUGGGUGCAACGGUGAGGGACGUGAAUGACUUCUUCGAGCAGGAGACCUCGUUCCUGCAAGAAUACUACUCCCACUUGAAAGAUGCUGUUGCUAAAGUUGACAGAAUGACAUCAAAACAUAAAGAAGUAGCAGACGCACAUAUCAAACUGUCGUCGUGUAUCACACAACUCGCUACUCGUGAACAGCCGCCCACCGAGAGAUUUCUCACCAGAGCAUCUGAAACAUUCGAUAAGUGUCGGAAAAUCGAAGGUCGCAUGGCAUCCGAUCAGGAUCUGAAGUUAGCUGAUACACUCCGCUAUUACAUGAGGGACGCACAUGCUGCUAAAGCUGUUUUAGUUAGGAGACUCAGAUGCCUUGCUGCUUACGAAGCAGCAAACAGAAAUCUUGAAAAGGCACGAGCUAAAAACAAAGAUGUGCAUGCUGCUGAACAGCAGCAAGCUGAAGCAUGCGCACGAUUCGAGCAGCUAUCUGCACGAGCCAGGGAAGAAUUAUUAGAUUUCCGCACCAGACGCGUUGCAGCAUUCAGGAAAAGUCUUAUAGAUCUCGCUGAGUUGGAGAUCAAACACGCCAGAGAGCAACAAGAACUGUUCAGGAAAUCAUUGCAGGUCCUUAAGGAGUGCGCAUAGACAAACCAACCAUACAUCAUAAGACUAGUUCACGGUGUAAUGGUUACUAUUAUUGCUAUAAUUUUUACAUCGCUAAUAGGACGUGUUACUGCAAUUUUCUGUCGCCAAGUAGCAGCACUAGCACAUGUGGUAAGCAGCGUAUAGUAAUAGUAGCAUAGUAUGAUUACUAAUAUUUUUGAAUUUAUAAUUAAAACGGUAAUUUUAUCCAGUAAUAGGGUAGAUGAGCCGGUUUUGGCCAAUUUAAGAUUAGGACCUAUUUCAGGCCAUUUAAAAAUUACUAAAAAUUUAACUUUUGUCACAACGCAGGUAUCAACGGUAUUAGAUUUGCUAUAAUUCAACGUUAUAAAGAUACGGUAAAGUAAUAUAUUUGCCUAU